AUGAAAUUAGCUGACUACUUUUUCAAACUCAGAGAUCUAUGGGAUGAGUUUGAUGCAAUUAUGCCAUGCCCUGGGUGUCCAUGCCCAGAGUCUAAGAGAUAUUUGGAGCAUUUUGAAUAUCAAAGGCUCCUUCAAUUUUUGACAGGAUUGAAUGAAACAUACACACAAGCCAGAAAUCAAAUCAUGAUGAUGCAUCCAACUCCCUCCUUGAACAAGGCAUAUUCCUUGAUUAUUGACCAAGAGAGUCAAAUGAGUAUAGCUAAUCUAACUCAGAUUGUUCAAACCUCUGAACUUCUUGAAGGAGCUGCUUUGUAUAGUAACAAAGAAGCAGGAUACACUGGAGGCAAUCUCAAGUUUAAGAAGAACCAGUUGCAGUGUGAGUAUUGCCAUUACAAAGGCGACUCAAAGGAAAACUGCUUCAAGCUGAUUGGUUAUCCUCCAGAUUUUAAGUCAAACAGGAAGGGAAACAACUCAGGUAGUUAUUCAAACUUUACUUGUAAUCUUGAUGCUAACUCAACAACAGGUAACUAUGUGAACAAACCUGCUCCACCACCUCUACUACAGCUUCAACAACAAGGACGGAAUGCUCCCACAGUAACUGAUAAACCCAUGGCACAACCUCCAACUCCAUUCUUUACACAGGAACAAUACCAACAGAUCAUCCAACUACUCAGCAAGGGAAACAAUGAAGGUUCAUCUGAGAAAUCUACAGCAGCUGCAACAGCUUAUGUAUCUCACACAGGAAAAGCUUAUGUAAUUGAGGGUCAGGACAUAUCUAAUGAUCUCUGGAGUGGUCAGGUGAAAGCGAUUGGUAAGGAGAAUCAUGGACUAUAUGUGCUGAAGAGGAACUUUGCACAGCAAGGCUCAUCAUUGACAGGGAUUAAAAAUGCAGGAAAUAAUAGUGUCUGUACCAGAAGUCACUCUUUUCUUACUACUUUAAUUUGGCAUAGAAGGUUAGGACAUGCACCACUUGAUGCAAUAAAGAGGCAUGAUGUACUCAGACAUCUAGAAGAGGGUGAGCAUCAUCCUUGUACUGUUUGUCCUCUAGCUAAACAAACAAGACUGCCUUUCCCUUUGAGUAAUACAAUGUCAAAAUCUGCAUUUGAAUUGAUUCACUGUGACAUUUGGGGUCCCUAUAGAGUACCUACAUAUGAUGGCAAACGGUAUUUUGUGACUAUUGUAGAUGACUUCACAAGAUACACUUGGAUAUUUCUAAUUCACUCCAAGUCAGACACAUUGGUAGUGCUGAAAAAUUUCUUUGCCAAAGUUCACAACUUAUUUUCUACUCAAGUGAAAACACUUAGGACAGACAAUGGAUGCGAGUUCUUCAGUUCUGACUUCACUAGUUUACUACUGGAACUAGGCAUUGAGCAUCAGAGUACUUGUGUAUAUACCCCUCAACAGAAUGGUGUUACUAAGAGAAGGUAUAAGGCAAUCUUAGACAUGGCUAGACCACUCAGAUUUCAAGCAUCAAUACCCUUAAGGUUUUGGGGAGAGUGCGUUAACACUGCUGUGUACUUACUCAACAGGCUUCCUUCCAAAGUCAUCGGCUACAAAUCACCUCUUGAAAAGCUCUACUUACACCCUCCUUCCUUGAAUCAUUUGAGAGUGUUUGGUUGCUUGACCUAUGAAACCGGUCCUAAUAUACAUGACAAGUUCUCCUCCAGGCCAAUACCAUCUGUUCUCUUGGGGUAUUCUCCAACACACAAGGGUUAUAUUCUAUACAAUCUACAUUCUAAAGUUUUCUUUCUGCGUUUUGGGUUGAUGAAGGGUGUUUCUGGGCUGUUUUUACUGGGUUAUAGGGCUGUAGUUUGGUAUAAUUUUCAGCUCGUUUCAUGGCUGUUUGGGAUGGUGUUCAUGGGUCUUUCAUGGCUGGCUUUUUUUGAAGCUCUUUUUGCUGCGUUUUUAUGGCAUUUAAGAGGUGGUGUUGGGACUGUUUUAGGCUAG